UAUUUGAGAUUCGACACUUUUCAUUCAGUCAAGCUCUAUUCCUUCUGGCCGUGACCGGGCUUCUCCGGUUGGAAAACGCUUUCUCUCCGUUGGGACUGACGGGAACUAACUAAAUUGAUUUAAAUUCAGUACUAGCUUUAAAUUUAACUAGCUGACAUGAGCUGCUCAUGAAAGAAAGAUUUUCUGGUGAGGAAACCGGGGAAUACAGAGAACGACAGAAAAGAAAACGAGGAAACCACCAAAAGGAAAUGCCAAUCGCAGCCACGGGUCAACUGACGACUCAGGAACCCUGUAUUUUCUCCCGACUGCCCUCCACCCCGGAGCCUGUACCAAAAGGGGGUAAUUUAUGUGACGUUGCGGGGGCAGUAGCCGAGUCGCAGGAGCGAACAGAAUACGGGGGCGCCGAGGGGGGCAGGGGAGGAAUAGUAGCCAGCUACAGUCAGACCAGCGGCGCUAGGGGAUUUCUGCCGCUUCGUUCUUCCAACUCCAACGGUUCUCCUCCGCAAUCCCCUCCCACGUCCUCCCCCCUCGCCUCAUCUUUCUUCCAUCACCACCCCUAUCAAAUGGCCAUGGAGCCGCCCAGGACUCGAUCGCGUUCUCGGUCUGGAUUCUACCAGCAGUAUGGUGCGACCGGCCCCGGGAUUAAUGCCAACGGGGGAAACGGACCUAACCACCAUCACCACCAUCACCACAGCCAGCAGCAACAACAUCAUCAACAGCAGCACAACUCUGGUUGCUCACCCCUUGGAGCUCACAGCCACCACACGGAGCAGCACAGCAUACGAGCCCCGGGAUCUAACGUCUCCCCCGGCGCUCAGAGGCAGUCGGGACCGCCUGGAGCACAUCGCAUCUCACCCGCAGGAGCCGUAGGGGGUAGGAGCCAUCCUGACCAUGCCUGUGGAGAGGAGGGUGACAAGAAUGAGGACAGCCCCAGUCCAAAGCGUCAGAGACUAUCUGGCCAAUCAGUGCUGGAUCUCUCCACAGUGGCCCCACCCUCCAACCCCUCUCCACCAAUGAGGCCGUGGGAGCUGCCCCACAGUCGCAGACCUCCCCCUAACCCCCACCCCCAUUACCACCAGGAGCGCUGCCAUACACCUGUCAGACACAGACACAGUCCUCCAGCGCGUCGCCAGCGUGGCCGUCUCUCCCGCACCCCCCGUCACCUCCCCCCUCCUCCUCCCCACCACCCCUCCCCUCCUCCCCCCUCCAUCCGACUGGACCCCCAGGACCAAAGCUACCGCCACCACUACCCUCAUCCCCACCAGAGCUACUCUCACCCCCCUCCUCCCCCCUACGGCCAGCCCCCAGCCCCUGCCGGUGGGGGCGUGGAGGAGCCUCGAGCGUUCCACCCCCCUGCCCUGUCUCCACGGUUACUGCACCCCGCUGUCCAUCAUUCUCAUCAAGCAGCUCACCACCACACACAGCAGCAAGGAGCCAUGGUCAUGGACCUUCAUGAACAGGCCUCAGUCCCAGUCUCCUAUACGGUGACUCCUGUCCCUUCUCAUCAUGGUCUGGUAGCUCCUCUGUAUACAGGACAGCACCUCCCUCCUGUCUGUUCCUCUCAACAACAGAUCCCAGCAUGCAGUGUGGUCUUCAGUACAGGACAACACUACCACCCUAUGCUGGGGGCGUGUUCGGUGCAGCAUUUACCAGUGCCCUACUCCUUUCCCUCCCUCCUCUCCAAUGAUCCUCCUUUCCUCCUCCCCCCUCCCCACCUCUCUCACCACCCCCCUCACCUCCCUCCACCUGGACACUUCCUUCCCUUCCCGACACAACAGUCCAGAUCGCCGUUGCAGAGGAUAGAGAACGAGGUGGAGCUGCUUGGAGAGCACCUGUCUGUGGGAGGGGGGUUCAACUACCCUCAUGGAGGACACCACCCCUCCUCCCUGGCCCCCUCCACACCCCUCCAGUUCCUGUCUCAUCACGACUCCCUGUCACAGGAGCUGUUCGGAGUGCCGUACCCCCACUUCAUGCCUCGGCGAAUCACAGGGCGUCGUUACCGCUCCCAGCAGACCGUGCCCCCGCCCCCCUACCACCCAGGCUUCCUGCCUUACUUCCUGUCGAUGCUUCCAGUGGGCCCUACAGUCGGUCCUACCAUCAGUCUAGAGUUAGAUGUGGAUGAUGGAGAGGUAGAGAACUAUGAAGCCCUGUUGAACCUAGCAGAGCGUCUGGGCGAGGCUAAACCCAGAGGACUGACCAAGGCUGACAUAGAACAACUUCCCUCCUAUCGCUUCAACCCCAACAACCACCAAUCAGAACAGACACUGUGCGUGGUGUGUAUGUGUGACUUUGAGUCUCGUCAGCUGCUAAGAGUCCUGCCCUGUAACCAUGAGUUCCACACCAAGUGUGUUGACAAGUGGCUGAAGGCUAACAGAACGUGUCCCAUCUGUCGGGCGGACGCCUCCGAGGUCCAUCGGGAUUCUGAAUGACCUAUGACCUCGAGCCCCACAGAUCUAGGAUCCGCUCAGCCUCCCCACAUCCUAACCUGACGCAUUAGGGAGUGGAGGGAAACACAACAGGCCUUAGAUCAGUGUCUUGGAGCAAUGCCCCCCCCCUCCUCCGCCAAGUGAACUCUUUAAGAAAUAGACUCUGUCUUCUUCCUAUGAUUAUGGUAUUCUAAUAAUGGCCUUUUGACUGACACACACACACACACACACUCACACACACACGUACGAGGGGCAGUUGGACUUUUCCCCCUUUUUGUACUGUCCUUACCUUCCUGAGUCAUGAUUGGAGUUGUCAUAUGAACGCUGUGGAGAAACUCGGACGUGUGUCGUUGUCCUGACUAACCCAGUGGAGGAAAUGGAAGCCCAAAGAUUCUGACCAUUAUGACAUCAUCAUUGUUGUUGUUGUUAAUAUGAAUAUUCUGGUGGUGAUGAAUCAGUCAGAACCUGGAUUGAGAUGUGUCUUCACUAGUGGGUUGUUAUUUUGGUUUAUUAUUAAGGUGCUUUUUCUUCAUUUUUAUCAAUUUUUUUUAAAAUGUGUGUGCUGUUGCACUCCUACAAAACACAUCUACAAUGUGUGUCCAACUGAAACCGAGAGAGAACGGAGGACAACACAAUCUUUACAUUGUUGUUAGUGUUGGUUUAUGAUCUGGGUGGAGGAAGGUGUGCAGAAAUAUAGCGUUGUCAGUAAUGGGGGAAGUGUGUUUGUAUUUAGAACACCAGUGUGUAUUAUUUAUGCAGUGCAGUACACUGGGCUUUCCGCUCUGAUUGGUCGAUGCUGUGCACUGAGACAGGAAGUGUUUCAUGAGGAAGGGGAGGGGCUUCCAGGGAGGAGAAGGACAACAGAACCAGGGUAAUUGAGGAAGGGGAGGGCCUUCUCUCUCAUCACACCUCUCCCACUCCAUCCCUCUCUCUCUCUCUACUUUUCUGUUCACUCACUCCAUGUUUCAGAGAGAUGGAUCAGCCUCCGUUAUCUCUGCUUACUCUCUCUCUCUCACACACACACUGAAUGCACACCCCCCACGCAGCACAGGAGUGUGUGCGCGCUGAUAUGAAUCGAUGCUAAACGUCCGACAUUUGUCUUAUUGGUCAGUUGCUUAGGAAGAAAUAUGAUAGUGGUUUCAUUUGAGAUUUGACCAUCUCUUAUCUAUCUAUCGACCAAAGUAAUGAACUAUCUGGAGAAUAAGGGUGUCAUUUUGAGAUCCAACCAACGUUGUUUCACUGGUCGUUCAGAUCACAUUGAGAAGGUGAGAUUAUCUGAAGUUUAGUUUUAAGGCACAAUAAUAAUGAUGAUGAUGAUGAUGAUGGUGAUUGUAGUGUGGUAGUAUCACAGUUAGGGUUUAACUCCUUGGUAAAAAAAAGGGACAUGUGUUUUGCCUGUCGACCCACGAGUGAGAAGAUCAGUGCCUGGUUUCACUCAUUCGUUCACAAUGACUCUUCUGUUCAGUAUCCAUUCAUCCCCUCUUCCUCCUGUAGGAUGCUUCUCCUCCCCCUUUCUCUCGGUCCCUUCUUCAUCCCCUCUUCCUCCUGUAGGAUGCUUCUCACCCCCCUCCCCCUUUCUCUCGGUCCCUUCUUCAUCCCCCCUCCCCGUUUUCCACUGUGUCCUCUGUCUACCCAGUGUCUUUAGAAGUAGUCCUUAACUGCUGUCAUAAGCCCUACAUAAGGCUGUCUUAACAUGCACAAUGUCACCCUAUGUCAAGUUCAUGUCCUGGCUUCCUACUGUCCUUCACCCACACGGUGUCACGAUUCACGUUCUAUGUCAGGCUCACAGCAACCUUAAGUAGGGCCUUACGACAGUCUUAUGUAGGCCUUACGACAGUCUUAUGUAGGGCCUUACGACAGUCUUAAGUAGGGCCUUACGACAGUCUUAAGUAGGGCCUUACGACAGUCUUAAGUAGAGCCUUACGACAGCUAGUAGAAGGGGAAGGUUGUAUUAAACCAUGUCAGCCAGGCACCUGCAGUGUCCUAAUAUCUAAGAGAUGCCUUUUUAAACCCCAGAUUGACCCUCCUUAAAGCCAUGUCACCAGUAGGUAUGUUAAUGACCUUUUAGAUCAGCGUUUAGCUGGGACAAGGUCUUCACCCUACAUGAUGAAAAUAAACCAUUCUCUCCAGUGUCCAAUGUUGCCCAGCUCUGCGAUUUAAGGCUAAAAAAAAAAAAAAAAGUUAUUGGCCGUAGCCAUGGCAACAGGGUUUGAAAAAGCUUCCGUUCUCCUGUUCUGUUUUUUUUUUUGUUUCCUGGUUUAAAGGUGUUAUACUGUCGUCAUGGCGUCCAUUGUGUGUCGUAGGAUUCUAAUUAUUGUUAUUGUUUCUCCUGCUUGGUACACGACUAGCAGUUACCUCAUUGUCUCGAUGUAUAUUCAGAUACAAAUAUAGGACAUUCUGAAUUCAGCUUUUCAUAUUGUUUAUUUUUUCCUCAUACCAUUUGUCCUUGGGUUGUUUUAAAAAACAAAAGUUAUCAUUUAUUAACAUGACGUCGGUAGCUUUCUUCUCCAUAAUGUAUCAUAUCUGUAACCAAAAUCAUUUUGAAGGCUUUGAUAUUGCAAAUUUUUAACAAACAUUUGUACAUUUUUAAUGAGAGUUAUUAAUAGUGAGGCGUUACUAAGUGGUGAAAUGAAUUGUUAUUUUUAAUCCCUGUCCCCAGUCUUUUUGGAUUUCAAAGGCUGCUUCUAUAAUAAAUGUAGAAUUGCCAAA